UUCAAUUAUAGCACAUCGCCACGAGCACAUAUCGAUAUUCGGGUUCGUGUAUCGGAAUAUAAAAGUUUGUGUGUGAACGUGAACAAGACGUCUGCAAUAUGUCUGACUAUUUGGAAAUAUUUUUAGAUUUAGCUUAGUCGUAAAUAGUUAUUGAAUCUUUAAUAAGUAAUCGAUGUCAUGGACUAUACAUGACAAAAAAUACAAUAGAUCGAUAAGAAGAGGACGUGCAACGAAGUAAUGUAUUGUUGUGGGUCGUGCGAGAGCCUUACGUGUGAAUAGUAGAUAUGCGCGUCACGGACAUUGUGCGACCUGCCUGUGCGGACUGAGUGCGCGUGCUGUGACGACAUACACGAUACGGUCGCGCUGCGAGGCCGCCCCGCUGCUGCUUUUGUCACCCUGAGGACACCGAGUGACGUCAACAUGGACCAGCUCGUGCAGUGUCCCGUCUGCACGCUGUUCCUCCACAAUGGGAUCACUCUCGAGUCCCACUUGGAUACUCACCCCAAAGACCAGGUUAUAAAAGCUUUGUGCAAUAUAGCAUCAAACAAGAAUUCUAGUUUUACAAGCAGAACUUCCACACCAGUACAUUCAGAGCGGUCGUACAGGAGCAGGUCACGGACACCUGCUACUGAUGACAGCACCAAGUGGCCGGGGUCAAGGAGUACAGAACAUGAGCGCUACUGGCGUAGAACACCUAGCAGGACUCCUAAGAGUACAGCUCCAUCUAGAAAUGGCACGCCUGACAUAAGAAUGCUUGAUGUAAACUUUGAGAACCAUGGCCUUCCUGCUCCAGGUGCCGGUCAGCAUGUAAACAAUCCAUUUCUUUUAAAAGCUGAUAAACUUCAGCAGACCUUCCAGUCUCCUGCUGUACCAGACUUUGAUCCACAGUUUGUUUACUAUCCAGAGCAACAGGAGGACAGAGAGAUAAAAUUUUCCCGUAGUGCUGAAUACAAUGCAAUGGACAAUAGUAACAAUUUGUUUUCUUACAAUGUACCAACUAUGCCCGGACCAGGUGUGAAAUUGUUACCAGCAAUGCCUAGGAAAGCAAAUGACCUUGUCAAAGUUCUACCUAAACCAAAUAACAUACUUCUUAAGGCCAACAUGGGUGGUGUGCAAUAUAUAGGUCCAGGGGUCAAACCUAUGCAUGUUAUGGUACCGUCAGCUCCCACAUUUAUGCAGAAGAAUGUGCAAAACAAUAUGAUUAUGACAGGCAGUGGUGCCAGCCCACAGAUGCACAUUGAUACCAAAACAGCUUCACCUCCACUAGCUAGCAAUCAACUGAACCAAAUGACUUCUGGUGCGUUUACUCCAGGAACUACUGUUGUUACCCAAAACUCCCAAAUUAUAUACAGAGAAAUGGUGCACAAUAUAGAUGGUAAGCCCUUUAUAACUACAAUGCCGACUGUACUAGGAGGCCAUGAGAAUGUCAGUAACUUAGCGCAAGCCAGCUCCAUGUACCAGAAUGUAAUGGUAGUAGACCAGUUUGGAAACACUUCAUGUAUGUACACAACACCUCAGCAAAUGAUGAACAAAGGAUGUCCUACUUCCAUGUAUAAUGAACCUGGGAGUCUAAUGCCUAGUGUUCACAUUGAUAAAUCUGUACCAACUAUGAAUGAUCCUAAAACACUUAUUAUUGAGGUUGGUCCACUUAUUGCUCCUGGUCAUGAUAAUAUUUGUGAGGAUCCUAGUUCCUCCAUAUCACAGCCAGUUCAGAGCAGUUCAGUUGAUAACACUGAGAGACCUGUAGAGGUAUUAGAUUCAAAAUUUGAUAUGCCAGGAGGAACUAAAGGUUUGAAAAUUUUAAGUAACAUUAAGGUUGAAGUUCCUGUGCAACAUCAUAAGAAUAUGGUGAACACAGUGAUGGAUCUGACAGGCAGCACAGAGGCUGAGUAUUCUGUUGAGCGAGCAGAAAGCCCAGAGAAGAUCCUGCCUGAUUUAGAUGAUAACAACCAACUAUCAUCGGAUGACACCCAGCCAUCAUCUAUGUCCAGUGGUGACAGCAUGGUGUCGCAUACAUUCUCUGUGAUAAAGAAUGUUGGUAACCCAAGCAAAAGUUCAGUAGACAAAUUGGAUACAGACUUUUCUGACAGCUGUCCUGUGCCAGAUUUAAUAUGUAAUGAGAAGCCUUCCAUAUCACCUUGUAGUGAGUUGUCUGAAAAUGGCGACAAUUCAACCGAUCGUACCUCAAUAUCUCCCAAACCUGAGAGCAAUCAAGUUAGCCUUAGUAACUUAGGACUUCCAGAAAAGAAAAAUCCGCUUUCACAAAAACCAUACAGGCACAACACACUAAGACUGAACAACAUAUUCGUGAAGAAGCACAAGAAGAUUCUGCAAAUUAAGAAUGCCAAGUCCUUUCCUGUGAAAACAAAGAAGUCUGAACACAGAGACAAUGUCCCAACAUCAUCAACUUGCAGAUCACCAGAAAAUUUUAGCAUGAAUAAAUUGCACCAGACUGAUAAAUCUGACAGCAAGGAAAAGACUAACCUUUUGCAGACCAUAUCUGUGGAAGAGAUCAAAGAGAAUGAUGACAAUAAUGACUUUGAUGAUGAUAUAGAAGAACAAUCUAUGGACAUAGAACCAGUUGCUGCAUCCAGCUUGGCGCAGCCGGAGUUUGCGGCCGGCAUUGAGAUGAUACAAGUGAAGGAGGAAAUAAAUACAAGCAAUGAAGGAGGUUUCAGCAACGAGCCAGUGACUACAGACCGCAUGCUAACACCACUAGAGACAUUGCGGCCGAUUAACGUUAUUAACUAUGGCAACAUGUCCAACGAGGAUUUCAACGAAGAGUCUAAUGACAGGGAGUUGUUGGACCUUGAAGCGGCCUCUAAAAACAAGCAGUUCGUCAGCAUGAUGAACGAGAACUACUUCGGGGACAAUAUUUACGCGGACUACUUUACUGCGGACCGCGUGGAAGGGUUCGACGCGGAGCGCGACGCCGCGGCGUUCAAGGAGGGAGGCAAGGACGGUAUGUACCUCUGGGGUGAGCCUUCACAGAAAGACAACGAGUUCGUACUGCCUAACUUUAUACACGAGAGUUACAAGAUAGCUGAGAGUAACGGCAUAGAUUAUUCAGAGCUAGGUGCUAGAGAAGUGCAGGUAGAUGUGGAGGUGGACGGGUGCGAGCGGGACAGUAAGGCGGACGUGCUGAGCGAGGGCCGCAGCGAGGGCGACGCGCCCAUGAACAUCUGCGCCGACGAGUGCAUGCCGCCGCGCGGCGAGCUCAGCGGCCAGGAGAGCAACGGAGACAUGGAGUCGCCCUGGAGCGGGAUGUACUCAGAGGUGACGGCGACGGAGCCCUACGACCUGAUCGCGCGGGAGAGCUGGGUGUCUGAUGGCUCGGAAGCGGACGCCAAUGAGAAGAGGGAACCCAUCGAGGAGGAGCUAGCAUUACCCCUGCCGGCGGUGUUCGGGCGCGGACGCACGUGCGGCACGUGCGGCGUCACGUGCGCGUCCGUGCGCGAGCUGCGCGCGCAUCGUGCUCGCGUGCACGCCGCCACCACCAAGACCUCCUACAGCCGCCUCGUCACCGCCAGGACUAUCAAGAAGGAGGAGAAGCCUGAUACCAACAAUCUUCUACCACCAAUCGACUCAAAGGACUCGAUAUCAUCCACAAUCCUUCAAGUGUACGAGAGCAUACAAGUGGAAGAGGCCAAGCCUAAGAUCGAAGUGGACAGACUUAUCAAGCAGGAAGUGAAGCGGAGGCGCAAAGACUACGUGUGUCCUACGUGUAAGGAGGACCAGCUGACGGACGCGGCGUUCCACGCGCAUCUCAAGAUACAUCCCCUCGAGUGCCUCACGUGUGGGAAGUGCUUCUUCAGGAGAGCAAACCUGGCCCUACAUAUAAAGACACAUUUAGGAAUUAAGAAUUAUAAAUGCGACGUGUGCGAGAAGCGGUUCGUGACGCGGCAGAAGCUGCUGGAGCACCACAACGUGCACACCGGCCGAGCGCCCGUCAAGUGCACCAUGUGCGACGACACCUUCCGCCGCUACUCCAACAUGGUGCAGCACAGGGACCGUCACCACCUGGCGAAGCGCGCGAAGGUGCGCGACUUCGUGUGCCAGUGCGGGCUGGUGUUCCACUCGCGCGCCAAGCUGCGCUGGCACCAGGAGACGCACGCGCCGCGGCCGCGCGCCUGCCUGUACUGCAGCGACAAGUUCGUGCACGCCGCCUCCCUCACGCGCCACGUGCGGCGCGCGCACCAGCAGCACUGCGCGCGCCGCGCCGACCACGCGCCCUGCCCCGUCUGCGCGCAGCUCUACCCGCGCCCCGCGCUGCGCGCCCACCUGCUGACGCACAGCGGCCAGCGCCCGCACGUGUGCGUCGUCUGCAGCAAGGCCUUCACCACCAAGUGGAACCUCAAGCUGCACCGCUGGACGCACAUGAGCCGCUCCGCCAAGCCCUUCAAGUGCGGCCUGUGCAAGGGCGCCUUCAUCCGCCACUCCGAGUACGUGUCGCACAUGAACGCGCACAAGUCCGUGCGCCCCUACACCUGCAACUACUGCGGCUGCCAGUUCAUCCGCAAGUACAACUGCCAGCGGCACGUGCGCGAGCACGAGAUGGCCAAGAAGUACGUGUGCAAGGUGCCCGAGUGCGGUAAGUCCUUCCACAGGAGCUACUACCUCUCCGAGCACAUGAAGGUGCACAGCGGCGCUCGCCCCUUCGCCUGCAACAUCUGCGGCAAGACCUCCAGCAACAAGUCCAACCACAACAAGCACGUCAAGAUACACCACGCGCGCGAGCCCGUCGCUACCGAAGCGUAAUGUCUGUCCACGUGGCCGAUAUAGGACGCGUGGUAGCCGCGGCCAAUGGCAUAGGAGAUACGUCUGGCGCGUAGGCCGUGGGCCAAUGGCGUCUCAGAUAUAUCACGCGCCCGCACCCGUAGCCACUGAGGCGUACAGCUAGGCGAAACGUUGUUGCGGACACAGCGUCCGUCGCGCUGAUACAAGACUGCGAAUAUUUUACUUGCUUUUUAAAUAUCAGUUGAUAGUCCGAGUUUAUGAAUUCGUAUAGUUUUCGCAUCUUUAACGUUGCAAAAUAUCAUAAGAUUAUUUUAUUGAUACACAAGUUUAGUAAACGUAGUUAGCAACAACGUCGCUCGGCGUGCGCCAUGUAAAUAUCUAGUUAAAUUUGAAUUUAUUAUAAUUGUUGUAAAUACAGGACCAAGCGUGUACAUUUGGGGUGGAGUUGUGUGGUGACGAGCAUUUCGAAGUCAACGGUAUGACGCACCGCGCGUUACGUGCGGGAACUUCAUUCGUGUACUAAACAUUUGUUCGUAGACUUGUUGAAAGAAGCUUUAAUUAUGGAACCCUACGAAAUGAUAAACGUGCGUGAUAGACGCCGGAGUUUGUUUUGUGCCUUAUAGAUUGAAUGGUAGGAAGUUUUUUGUAAUUUCUACCGGCUGAAGCAACAAUGGUAAUAUGGAAAACUGACUGCUUACAGUAACUUGGUCACAGAGUUGUAUCAUUUCAGUUGUGGCGUGUUAUAUGUCGUAGUUUUCUCCCGAGGCGACGGGAUCUGGUUGUGAAAUACAUUUAGUGUUGUGCGUGACAAGCGGUGCGUCAUACCGAACAUAAAAUAGUCAAAUUAAUAAAGGGCAUUUCGGUAUAGGUACCCCGCUACACUUAUAUUAUUUUCUACUUAUUAUAUUAUAACAUAAUUUCACAAUGCUUCCAUUUUAUAAGCUUGGUCACUGAGGAUGCGGCUCGCUCACUUAAUUAUUAUACUAGUUAUUUUUUACAACUUUUUAGUAUUACUAAUGAAUGAAUUACAAAUGGUGCAAUUUUCUUGACAUUUUGAAAAGUUUAGAUUAACAAUGACAUAUUUUAUUUCUUAACUAAUAAGGCGAUUUCUUAAUAGUCUUAUGGUCCCAAACCAUAAUAAAAUAAUUAUAAUUUACAUAUUACCAAUUGGUAUACCGUUAUUUUAACAUUUGACUGCUAUAAGAGCUCAAGAUUUUACACAACGAUUAUUUUUAUAUGAAAUAUGCAAGCAAUGAAUUAUAAUUAUAUUAUUAGUUUAUCUGUAGCAUCUCUGGAAAAAAACUGAUUCAUUUUUAGCAUUGGUUAUAGAAUUGAUGGCAAUUGCCAAGAUACAUUUUCAUGGAGUUAAUCUCAUAUCUAUACUCUGGGCAUAGUCAGUUGACAUGGCUGUACUAAAACCUCUUUGGAAAUACAUUUCUUAUUUUUAUUCUUAUUCUUAUUGUCACUAUCAACCUUGGGAUAGUUUCUGGCUGCAGUAUACGAUGACGUAGACGUUAGAGGUCGACAAUAUUUGUUUGCCAUAUUGUGUAUGACGCGACGGCCACACCCCUCAGUGGCAAGCUGUAACGUGUAACUUUAUACAUUUUAGUCAAAUUGACAUCCCCACAGGGACUACUAAUAACUCAUUGUAAAAGUAUUUUAACAUUUACGUUAUUUAGAUUACUUUAUGUAAAUAUCACUUUAAUUACAAUUAAUUUAUUAUUAUUACAUUUUUGUAUUGUUACUACGUAUUAUUCCGUUUUUUAUACGUAAGGCGUGACGGUGUUGCAAUGUGUGCUCUAAACACUGGAUGUUCUGUGCGAUAGAGAUCGAGUUAAACAAAUAUAUAGCGACGUCUCUUUAUCUUCUCAGUCGUGCAGUUAUUUAUAUGAAACAUUUAUUGAUUGUUUUAAUUUGAUCCUUAUGAAAUGACAUCUAAUUGAAAACAAACAGUAUUUAGAAGGCACAUGUUACCAAAUUUUUUGCGUUUCCCGUCGCACGCACUCGAGUGACAUUUUUAUCGGUUGACGUUAUUUCAUAGUCUUUUCGUUUCACAAAUAUUAUUUCUAUAUGUUUGUUUGGUAUUUGUCCAAAAUAUUUAGUCGAUUAGUGCAAUCGCAUUUGUUGUUAGCUCAUUGUUAUUUAUCAUCUGACUAACGAAAAUGUGAAAGACACCGGAUUUUGUAAUCAACAUUAUUUUCAGAGAUACGAAGCAAUAAUGUGAUUUAUAUCAAUAAUUAUUUAUUUUUAUCGAAGAGACUCUUCUUUGAGGAUAAUGUUGGUACAUGGUCGGUGCGCAUUAUAUUGGAAAGCCGAAAUUAAUGAGGUCAAAACCUCUGAUAAAACAAAUGUUAUGUAACAAUAAGUUGGCAAAAUGUACUGUAGGUAUAUUUUUCUAUAAUGUUGGUAUAAAUUCUGUCAUGAAUCACACCAGCUGUGUUCAUAUAAAGCUUAGAGCGGGCAGCGAUUAACGACUUGAUAUCGGCACACUUACGUCGUACUUAGCCGUUCUAUUUUAUUCUGAACUCUACUUUUUAUCGUAAAAUGCCGAUUGAUAAACGAUGGCUCAAGAAAAUAAGGCAUAGUUACAAAAAAAAAGUACUUAUUUUAUGCGAGGUGAAAUGUACACUGUGUAAUAUGCAUAACAGAGUUACAACUGAUUAUAAGCAUUCAUAAGAUUUUGUGAAUAAAUAAUUUUCAGCAUUUAACAUGAUGCGAAACUUAUAUUACAUAUCUUUUUGCUAUAUAUUUAUAGAAAAGUUGAAAUAUGAAGGGUUUUAAACUUUCCAAAGUGUGCGGUAUUAAGUCGCCAUUUCUAACAGCUCUAAGCCUAAACGAUGUAUGUUUAUAUAUUUUACACAUAAAACAAUGAUCUCGUAUUUUAUAAACACAAUGUAAAACAAAUUUUAUGUUUUUUUUUGUUUAUGUUGUAUUUAAAUCGUUUGGAGCGCAAGUUGACGUAAUAGAACUCUAUAACCUUAACAAUUUCGUAUGUAAAAAAAGUAAAAAUAAUAACUUUUACAUAAUUACUAAGUGUAAUGUUCUGUGACUGGCUAAAAUAAAUGUGAAUAAAUACAAUAACUGACUAUAAUUAUAUCUCAAAAUAACUAAAACUUGAAAUAAUGAAAAAGCUGUCGACUUGCGUUAGGCUUGGUACACAUGGUGUGGACACUCUUGUCAAAGAAAUAUAACAUCUCAACAUAGACAACGGUUUUUUAUUCUACCUUAAUUUUUUUGAAUAAACGGAGCUCUGAAACAUGAGUCUCGUCUAAAUCAGCGGAAUCACGGUAGACAUAAUGUUAUUGCGUUUUGAUUCUUAACUAUUUAAGAAUAAGGUUGAUUUUAACAAUUCAAGAGCGUCUUCAUCAUUUGUACAAGCCCACAAAACGAUGUAAAUAGCUGUAAUCUUGCGUAACUCAGUUAUUAGAAGAAAUUGGUUAUUUAUUUUUUAUUUUAAGUUAUUCGAAUAAGUUCUUAGUUUUACAUGUACAUAAUGUUAGGUAAUUUUGUAAUUGAUCGUAAGACGUGGGUGGUACUCCAAAUUCAGUUCGGCGGGGUCACUGGACUGAACAGUUUGUGUCUGCAAUAAAUUAUAUUAAGAACUUAUA